CGCCGUGAGUAGCGAGCGAUCUGUGUGCUUAGUGCGAGUUUUUUAACGUUCUCGAUAGCGUAAAAGUUACUCAACUUUGUAUGCAGUUGUAACAGCGUUCCUAGCGGCCAACGCAGGUAAACGUUCCAACUCCAUACAAAGUUGAGUUAACUUUUACGCUAUCGAGAACGUUAAAAAACUCGCACUAAGCACACUGUAUCAGCUAGGCGAUGUGUGUUUUAAAUUUGACCGGCAGACAGACGUGUACAGUCGAGUUCAGUGCAUUAGCGCGUUACACGUUGAGAAGGCGCGCGGCCUGAAUUAAUUAUUUAUUUAUUUAUUUAUUAUUUAACGAAUUGUUUGAGUGUUUAAAAGAAAGAAGUUUGCGUGCUUCGAACGAGUUGUGGUUUUGUUUGGUUGUUAAAUGAAAGGUGUUUCACCUUCGCAACAUCCGCUGGGAGAGUCCAAGGUUCCUGUCCAAAUCGUUCCUGGCCUUCGUUACCUUCAACCUCAUCAACUACUCGUUGUUGGCAGCCGAGGUCCUUACAACGAACAUCGCUGAUACUUCUGCCGAGAAGAGGACCUUCUACCAGCACAUAUUCAAUGGUUGUUACGCCGUUCUACUCUUCAUCGUUGUCGUGUUCUUCCUCAUCUACGGUGUAGAAGUAUUCUUUAAGCUCCGCGGUGAGUUCCUGAAGGAGACCAAAGUAUGCACCAUAAUAUCUCCGCGUCCCGGAACUUCAGCGGACGGAGAUGAAGCCCAGGAUACGCUUGUCACUAAACAGGGAAUUCAAACGGAUUUGCUGGAUGGAGACGGAACGGUGGACCCUCGGUCCGUGGACCUGUCGCAGCUGCACCAGUCGCGCGUGGGCCUGAUCAGCCUCGCGCUGAUGCUCAUACUGAUCGUCUGCUUCCUGGCUUCUGAAACCCUAAGCGAAUUCUGGAAGACUAAGGUGCCGGUGGUGUCCCGCAACUGGCACGACCUGGUGUUCCGGCUCGCCGAGAUCGGGGUCGCAGUAUGGUUCCCGUGCGCGCUGUGGAACUCGAUGGCGCCCGAGCGGCUCUGGCUCCUGAACCCGCGCCGGCUGCUCGCCAGGCAGCUGGACGACGCCAAGCUCGCCGACCUGCUCGCGCAGCACCACCACGAUGCCAAGACGUUGGCCGACCUCAGCCAACUGGGCUGGCGCCAGAAAGCAUGGUACUUUCUCGAGUUGGCCAAAUAUUGGAUCGUUUGGAGGUUCGCUCUUACUGUCUUUUUCAAACCUCUUCCUUUGCCUGUAAACGGGAAAGAGACACAAAACUCGGACGCUGCUAAUGCGGUUGGCUCGAACACAAAUUCGAACGUGGAGAGGAACUCGCUCGUGGACAGCGUCGGCUCGAGCCGGGACUGCUGGAUCUGCUACGACAGCUCCCGGGCGGAGCCCCUCAUCAGGCCGUGUCGCUGCACCGGCGACGUGUCCGCCGUGCAUCAUGACUGCCUGAGCAGGUGGCUCGUCGAGUGUUCAGUUAGUAAAUCUGUGACGUGGUCUCCCCAGAGUGCCGCCUCGCCUGACGGCUUGAAGUGCAAAGUCUGCAACACUCCCUACAUCGUCCAGGAGACCAAUCGUGUGGAGUGGGAGCGCGGGUUCACGUGGUCGCACUGGGCGGGCACCGCGGCCGCCGUCACCGCGCUCACCGGCGCCGCGGCGGGCGCCUGGGCCCUCGCGCAGCUCUACCCCUCCUCCCUCGUGCGCGUGCUCGCCGCCGGCGCCGCGCUGCUCGUCUGCUACGUCGCGCUCAGAUUCCUGGGCACGAACACGGUGUCGGCGUACCACCGGGCCCGCGUCUACGGCCUGAAGAUCCUGACGGAGCCCUUCGCCGACGUCCAGGACUCGGAGCAGGGUCAGCUGUCGACCAUCAGCAGGACGGUGACCGUCGAGAUCGCACCGAAAGACGUCCUCGACCAAGCGCUCAAGGGCGAAGCGAAAUAGCACGAGAAAAUAACGAACUGCGAUUUUUAAAUAGCGCGCUACAUAACGUUGUCCGUCGCAAAUAACGUAGCAGCUAAGUUUUGACAGUGAAAUGAAACAGUGGUGAUGUGACGUGAAAAAAAAACGAAAAAAAAAAACGGAGGUAGUGUGUGGAAGUUAACUUAUGAAACUUUUAAUGGACGCCGCAGAGAAUGCGAUGAAAAUAAAUAUUAAAAAUAUUAUAUAAAGAAAUUUCGUUCCAGUACAAACGUGAUGAAUAUGAGGAAGCAUAUUGUAAGUUCAGUGCAUAUCGUUACAUAGUGCAUACUGUAAGCAGUGACAAUGAUUGUGGGUUUAAAAAAAAAAACAAAAAAAAAAUCGAACAAUAAGUGAUGUUAUAAUAAAUUAAGCAUGCUAUUUAGCAGCUAGAGGGUACACUGCAUAUGAGUCGUCUAUUAUCAAAGGUGGCAAUCUGUGCAUUUGGACAAAAAAAUGUUAUUGAUAUGUCAAUACAGAUUGAUUUGAAUAUAAUCGUCUCCUUCAAAGAAUACGGUUCAAAACCUGCGUUAAAUAAAGGUUAAUACUUAACCUGUUAUUUAUCUAAGAUGUCGUUCAGAAGAGUUUUGUGACUGCCAAUGGAAUACAAAGUCAAUAAUUCGUUUUUCUGAUUUACCAAUAAUUUUCCAAAAGUCACAUUGCCGGCUUUGAUAAUAGUCGACUCAUAUAAUAGUUGGAUAGUGCGAUAGGAAUUUGUUACGUAAAUAGAUGGUACCGUUUGAGUAUUGAGCUUUUUUGUUUUUGUUAAUACGUAUUUAGUACAAAGACGGUGACCGUCACGCUUCGAUUGUCAACCAACGGUGAUCGUUUACGUAUUUUAGAAUAAUUAUAUACUAUACAUAAAAAUAUAUUUUUUUUAAAUUAAAUGUUCGAACUGAAACUAAUUAUAAUUAAAAAUUGUUAAAAUUUUUAAUAUUGUAUGUAAUACACCUACCUACCUAUAAAAAUUAUAAAAAAAUGACUUAAAUAUUUUAGUUUUUUUUUUGUUUAAUUUUUUUUUUUUACGUAAUUAGUGUACCUAUUGAUAUAUACAACUGGUUUUUUAAUGAGUUCUUGAUAUUUAUGAGCUUUUGUUAGUGGCAGGUGCGCGGAUAAAAAGCACCGGUUAAUAAAAUACACUGUUGAUAGAAGCGAAGGCUUAAAACAAUUAUUAAAGUAAAUUGUAUGUAAAUUAUUCUGUUUUUUUAUUGCUUAAAUGGGUGGACGUGUUCACAGAUCACCAGGCGUUAAGUGGCUACUGGAGCCCCUAGACAUCUACAGCGUAAAUGCGCCACCCACAUUGAGAUAUAAGUUCUAAGGUCUCAGUAUAGUCACAACGGCUGCCCCACCCUUCAAACCGAAACGCAUUACUGCUUCACGGCAGAAAUAAGCGGGGCGGUGGUACCUACCCGCGCGAACUCACAAGAGGUCCUACCACCAGUAAACACGCACACGAGCGAGGGCGUUCACCCCGUACCAUCAGCUGUAUUUAAAUGUGCCACAUGAAAAAACAAUAGAAAAAUAUCUUAAUACGUAAAUAUGUUGUGAAAUUGCUUUCAAAGCGCAUAUCGACGCUUGAAAGGCAAAAGUGACUAAGCGACCAUAACUGUUUUGUACAUAAAUGAUAGGCAAUAACCAUAUUUGAUGCGCAUAAAAUAUAUAUUUCUAGGUCUAUUAAAAUCAUUUCAAUCCUACAGCUACUAGCUAGAUUCUACUACAGCUAAAUUCGUUAAAAUAAAUUUUGUUUUCAGGUAUUUCAACUUUAAAUUAGUCUACUGUAAAGUUCACGCAUUGUCGCUUAGUCACGUUUGCCUUUCAAGCGUCGAUAUGUAUUAUUAACGUUGUAUACAAAAAAAUCUGUGCCAAAGAACGCUUAUUAUAAAAUCGUCCUGUACUUUGAUUGGAUUUAAAAUAAUUACGUAAUCGUCAAUUGUAAUUAAUAAAUUUCAAUUCUAAAAGUAAUAAUUAAGAUUGAACUAUGUAUUCAUGUAGAAAAGUUUUUAAACGUAUAGUGAACUUAUUGUCUCUCGACUUGUGUAUAUCGAUUUAAUGGAGCUUAAUAAGCUUUUUUAUAUGAGUACUUCAAAUUCAUUAGCGUUCGAUAACAGCGGUAGGCAGCGGCUUUGCUCUGCCCCUGGCAUUGCUGAAGUCCAUGGGCGACGGUAACCACACACCAUCAGGUGGGCCGUAUGCUCGUCUGCCUACAAGGGCAAUAAAAAAAAUACAACGAACAUGGCAACUCCUGCUUUUUUUUUCAGUAUGGCAAUUGGCCACGGUUACGGCGCCAUUGUUGCCAGUGAUGACUUCAAACAAAAUAUUCAAUAAUUUCAAUACGCUGUACCUACGCGAAAGGAGUGGAGUGUAAUGAAGUCGAUUAACGUUUUUUUUCCCAUUGGAAUGAAAUUGGGAGAACCGUUACGCGCUGGGGUUCGGGAUAAAUAAAAUUCUAACAAAGUACAACUAAAAACUGUAUUCAACACUUAAAACACUCACAAAGACUCAAUUCGCUUCUUCCGCUUCGCUUCAGGUGAUCCGUUCGCUGUUUCGCUUCGAGUAGUUCCAAUUACUGACUGACUGAUCUCUAGAACGCUUGUAUAGCCGAUACCUCAUCCCUAGAACUAUCGAGAAUAUUCCGCACAUUACGAGUAUUGUGUUUCCGCUAUCUGACAAUAGAUGGCGUUGUACUUCUCGAGCGUUCUAAGUGCUACUAGAUCCUUCGAUAUUCGUUCGACUAUUCGGCGACAGAUGGCGUUACUCAUACCGGCCUAACAAUACGAUAAGACACGUUCAACUACUUUUUAAAGUUCCAACCAUUGUUCUCUGACUGAUGCUAAACGGUUAGUGAGCCACCAAAUAAAUAAAUAAAUACUAUUUUGUACAGGUGUAGAUGCUUAAAAGGAUAAUUUAUGAUAGGAAAUCAUGUGGCAUAAUGAAAAAUAAAAUAUCAAUAUUAAGAAACAGUCGCUUGCGUAUGGCGACGCGUCGCCACAACGUACAACUAUAUAUAUAUUUUAUAUAUGUAUACAAUAACACGGCAUGCCUCGCCACGCUAGCAAUCUGUUUUAAGUGCGGCCAUAGAUGUGUAGCAUCAACAAAAGAAGUCAAAACAACUUCACUAUGUACCCCAGUUCCCGCCAACGGAUCCACAGAUAAUACAAAUAAGAUUUUGAAAAGAGUUCCAACAUUAGCUAUUCGAAUAUUGAAGUUAGUUUUCGAUAGAUUUUCACCAUCGUCCACGCAUUUAGGCAAUAAAAAAAGAAGAAAAAACUGUAAUAAUAAUAUGGUAAUCUAUUCACUACAUACGUCGCGCCUGAUUUCAGUAUCCUCUUUUGAUAUUUUUAAUAAUAGGUAAUUCAUAAACGAGCAACGCCUGUCACUGUGCUUGUCUCGCUAUGUUUACGGAUAAAAUUUACAUAAUUUAGUUUCAUUGUAAAACUUAUGCUCAUUAAAAUACUUGAUCACUAUAUUGUUUAAAAUACGAUAGAUACGCUGAUUUUGGGCGCGAUCUAAUACGUUGAUACGAACAGAUCCGCACCCCUCUUGAAUCCACAUUUCACUACGUCCUCCAUAUCGCCACAGACGGGUGUGCUUAGUGCGAGUUUUUUAACGUUCUCGAUAGCGUAAAAGUUAACUCAAAUUUGUAUGAAGUCGGAACAGCGCCUCUAGCGGCAAACUUAGGCAAACGCUACGUUACCUGCCUUAACUUUUACGCUACCGAGAGCGUUAUAAAACUCGCAUUAAGCACUCAGGUCUAUGCAUGUCUCCAGCGACCUUGACGUAAAAGGAUAUCCUAGGUAGGGGCUUAAUCUGGAACUGGUCCAAAUUAAAUAAUUUUUAAUUAAUUAUUCUCUAUUGCACACACGUUUUAAAUAUAUUAUGUAACGUUCCAAUUCCAUACAAAUUUGAGUUACUUUUACGCUAUCGAGAACUUUAAAAAACUCGCACUAAGCACAGAGAAAAGACAGAGAAAAAUCGUGCCAGAGAAAGUGACGCAGAAGGGUCGUCACGACCCCCAGAAUUGAGGAAUACGACGCGAAAAAUAAUAAUAAACACACGAUGUACAUACAAACUGUUGAGUAGAGUAAAUUAAGUCACUUGCCCUUUUAACAAUUGAAUAUGCAAUUUCGAAAAGGGCACAUGUCGCAUAUUUUGUCAAAUACGUUUUUUCAUAUACAUGUAGUUUUGAGUCUUACCUACAUCCAUUUUAUAAUAAUUCCAGUAAUUUUCAAUUGCUAAUUAACACUAAAAUUAAUCUCAAAAGUUAAUAUUUUAAAUUUUACACUGCUUUAGAAAAUAAUCAGUGUUUUUUUUCAUUUCCUGAACAUUUUACAUUUUCAGAGAUGUGCCCUUUUCGAAAUUGCAUAUUCAAUUGAAAUCGUCCUCUUACCCACACGAGCCAAACGAUCUCUCUUUUACUGCGAAGAUAUUUCUGAGAGGAAACUCUGUAAUACACAUUAACGUUCAGUAUGUUUUUUUUUUUUUAGGACUUUGGGCUUACUGGUGGCCCGAGGGUCUUGCCAUGGAGGCCUUUUCAAUUUUGUACGUGUCUGGUUCUCUUAUUUCGAAUUUUUUUUAAGGGAUUUUAUGACCUGGUAACUGAGACCUUUAAGUCAUGUCUUAUUUUAAUGUAUAUUCAUAUUUUUAUGAAAAAUGAUAUUAUGGAGUGAAAUGAAAUGAAGAUGAUUAAUUUGAGACAUUAAUCAACUGGGAUGAAAUUAAAUGAAAUGAGAUGAAAUCUCAGUAAAAUGGUGGUCAUUUACUAAGAUUUUUUCAGUGGACUUUUUGGAGGAUCUCGAGAAGUUACGUCCAGCGGCUUUGUUUUAUUUUCCCACAUUUGUGCACUUUCACAGAUAUUAAACGGUUCAUAAACCACCAUUAUUACACAUUUAAACCCGAAGAAACACUAAAUAGACAAAAUAAAACAAAUCACACAACUUCACUCCUCGCGUUCCCGCCAAAACGUCCCUCUUAUUUCGAAUACGUAGCCACGACCACAGAUAAUAAUACACUUAAUAUUUAAGUCGAUGACUGUGCGUGUAAUAAAUCAGUAAAGUAACAUUUCAAAUUUAAUCACGUAUUUUUCUUAGUUUGUAUUAUUAAUUAUAGAUUCCAAUAAAAGUAUUUUUAUAAAUAUAAAUCGCCAAAUUUAGCUCUAGAGUAGAACUAUUAGAUAUUAAGUAAGAUCUAUAAGUAUUUUUUUAAAUUCAUUACUUAUCAUUAGCUGCUUAGUAAGUAAUUUUUGUUUCUCAUCGCCAUACCUGAUUGGUUCUAUAGCGAAAUAAAUACUUAGAACUGUU